AUGGAUAUCAACUCGCUGAUCCUACAGACCAAAGCUUUGUCAUGGCAUGAUCUCGAGCUACAACCUGAUCCAGAAACAGCACAAGCUACAUUAGAUAAAAUCCUGAUAGGAAGGUUAGUAGCCGAUAGACCAUUGAAUAAAUAUGCAAUCUCUUUUGGCAUUAAAGCCUCUUGGAAUUUCAUCCAACAUUUCCUAAUCGAAGAGAUGGAUAUAAACAAGUUUAUAUUCACCUUUAGAACUUCCCAUGAUAAACUAAGAGUGCUUAAUCAAGCCCCGUGGAAUAUUAAAGGGCAUUUGCUAAUUCUAAAACCAUGGUCUCCGGGAGCUACAUUCAAUGAAAUCAGUCUAAACCAUGCCACUUUCAAUGUGCAAAUUCAUGGUUUACCACUUGAUCAUAUCACUCUCAACAAUGCUAAGGAAAUAGGAAAAGCUCUCGGUAAUCUAAUCAAAGUGGAGGAAGAUCCUCUUUAUGGUCUAGCCUUCAGAAAGUUUAUUAGAAUUAAAGUUGAGCUAGAUAUCACCAAGCCACUUCAGCAAGGAUUCAUGAUGCCGAGGACUGAUAAGAGUGAAAUAUGGAUUGCUAUAAAAUAUGAGAAACUGUCAGACUUUUGUUAUGCAUGUGGGAGGCUCGUCACUCACAAAUCUUCUGUGGAUUCUUAA